ACAGCGUGCAGGUAAAAUGCGAUGGAGAAACUGCGUCCAUCUCCAUCGCGUCCCGUCUUUCUCCUGCCGUUGAUCUAGAAGUGCCCAAAAUAGUCCCGCACCAAUAAUACACCGUCCUCCCUCCCUCCCUCCGAAAGAGAGAUGGCAAUGAUGGGCGGAAAAGAUGGGGAGGGCGAUCCGACAAAGAUCUCCGUCGAGCAUCCUCCUCGCUACGGCACCUUCCCGCCACCUCCGCCGCCGUCAUCGUCCGCGCCUCUCCUUCCUCAACCUCAAUAUCCUCCUCCUCUUACCUACUAUCACAACCCGCAGCAGCCGGCCACCUAUCACGCGAUCCAAGUUGGGUAUCAGACGCAGCCCUAUCAGGCGCUGGUGGAUGGCAUCCCCAUGAGGGAGCCGCCGCUGCCUUUCUGCGGCAUCGGCAUCGGCUGGGCAUUGUUCCUAUCUGGUUUUUUUCUUGCUGCAAUUCCAUGGUAUGUUGGCGUUUUCAUUCUACUGUUUGUUGCUUUAGACUACAGAGAGAAGCCAGGGCUGGUUGCAUGUACAGUUGCGGCGGUUCUGACAUUAUUUCCUAUAAUUCUUCAGGCUUUUAACUUUCAUAUUUUCUGGUGAUCUUUCAAGCCAUGUGUAUGUAAUGGAUACUGAAGUGAUGUGUAUUCAUUCACUUUCUGUCCUGACUGCAUGAAAUGUAAGCUUCUUAUUUGGUGUUUUAUAGUUGUCUGACAACUGUAUGUAGAUGGAAUUUAGCAUGCUCUCCCCAUUAUGCAGCUUGUAAUCUGUUCUGCCAGACUUAUGUGACUUACCAUUACGAAAAUGAUGCUUGUAUAAAAGAUUUGUAGAUUGUGCAUUUAAUAUGUCAGAUUUUCUGUUCGGUGAAA